AAAAGAAUCUAUAAAUAGGUUAGCCAUGGAGAACAACUUCAUCAAACCACAACUCCCACUACUAGCUAAUUAAUUACUCCUCCCAUGGAUUUUCUUCUCCUCCUCCAAAAAUCCCUCGUCGCCCUCUUCGCCGCCGUGGCCGCCGCCAUAGUGGUCUCGAAGCUUCGCGGCAAACGCCUGAAUCUGCCGCCGGGCCCCUUCAAGUACCCGAUAUUCGGGAGCUGGUUGCAAGUCGGCAACAGCUUGGACCACCACGACUUCAUCAAAUACGCCAAGAAGUUUGGCCACCUCUUCCUCCUCAAGAUGGGGCAACGCCACAUCGCCGUCAUAUCCUCGCCGGAGCUGGCGAAGGAGGUCCUCCUCACUCAGGGGAAAGCGUUCGGUUCCCGAUCGAGGAACAUCGUCUUCGACAUCUUCACCGGCAAAGGGCAGGACAUGAUCUUCACCGACUACGGCGACCACUGGCGCAAGAUGCGGCGGAUCGUGACCGUGCCCUUCUUCACCAACAAGGUGGUGCAGCAGUACCACGGCGACUGGGAGGCGGAGGCCGCGGAGGUGGUGGAGCACGUGAGGAGCAACAUUGCCGCGGCCGCGGCGGAAGGGGUUGUGCUGAGGCGGCGGCUCGAGCUCAUGAUAUACAACAACGUGUACAAGAUCAUGUUCGAUAAGAAGUUCGAGAGCGAAGAGGAUCCGUUGUACGUUAAGCUCAAGAGUGUGAAUGGUGAGAGGAGUAGAUUGGGGCAGAGUCUCGAGUACAAUUUCGGCGAUUUCGUGCCGAUUUUGAGGCCUUUUUUGAAAGGCUACUUGGAGAAAUGCAAGGAGGUAACUAGGAGGAGGUUGAACUUGUACAAGGACUCUUUUGUUGAAGAAAGGAGGAAGAUUGCAUUAGUAGAGGAGGAGAAAGACAAAAAUCGCGUCAAAUGCGGGAUAGACCAUUUUCUCGUAUCUCAACAGAAUGGAGAGAUCAACGAAGACAAUGUUCUUUAUAUUGUUGAGAACAUGAAUGUUGCGGCUAUAGAGACUACCGUUUGGGCACUUGAAUGGGCCAUCGCGGAACUCAUCAACAACCCCGAGACACAAAAAAAGCUUCGGGCCGAGCUGGACGCGGUGCUAGGCCCGAAUAAGCAAGUGACGGAGCCCGACACUCACAAACUCCCGUACCUCCAAGCUGUGAUAAAAGAAACCCUUCGCCUGAGAAUGGUGGUUCCUUGCUUGGUCCCACACAUGAACCUCGACAAGGCCAAUCUCGGUGGCUACGAGAUCCCUGCAGAGAGUAGGAUCUUCGUCAACGCAUGGUGGCUAGCCAAUGACCCAGCCCGUUGGAAAAAGCCCGAAGAAUUUAGGCCCGAAAGAUUCUUGGAAGAGGAAUCCAAUGUCGAAGCUAACGGGAAUGACAUCAAGUACAUUCCAUUCGGAGUUGGGCGGAGGAGCUGCCCGGGGAUUAUAAUGGCGAUACCUAUUAUGGGCAUCACUUUGGGCAGGCUAGUGCAGAAUUUCGAGCUUUUUCCUCCACCCGGGCAGUCGAGGAUUGACACGGCUGAGAAUAACGGGCAGUUUGCUACCCGGAUGUCGAAACAAUCCAUCAUUGUCUUGAAGCCAAGAAAUAUUGCUUGAAGUUUUAGUUUCUUUUUAAACUUCUAUGUAAUGCAUGAAUAUAAUAAAGGUUGGUGCAUGCAUGCGGGCGUGACAUUGAUUUGGUCCGCGGUUGCACCAAUCAAGUGUAGCAUCUACUUUCCCGGUCAAGUGUGUGCUGAUGUAACGUCAUCGUUAUGUACUAUAUUUUGUUUUUUGGUUAUGUUUAUAUAUAAUAUAUUAGAAAUAAAACGUGGUUAACUCUUUUUGCAUAUUUUCAUAGAUAAAUUGUACAAAUGAUCGAAUCAUGUUCGUGCAUAUCAUAUAUAUAUAGGGAGUUGUUUCUUUUUUCCCAAUUAAAUAAACUAAACUGAUUGUCCAUGCACUAUUUAGAAC